GCGGCAGUGCGCAGGUGCGUUGCCGGCGGUGGGGAGCGGGUGCCGGCGCCACCAUGAAGGACCGGCUGGGGGACCUGCGGGCGUACAAGGAGAGUCAUGAAGAGGAGGUGACCAUCACUGUGGAGAAGGACCAUUUCAUGGAUGAGUUCUUCCGCCAGGUUGGGGAGAUCCGGGGGCACGUCGAUCGCAUUGCUGACAACGUGGAAGAAGUGAAGAAGAAACACAGCAUCAUCCUGUCAGCGCCGAACCCCGACACCAAAACCAAAGAAGAGCUUGAGGAGCUGACGCUGGCAAUCAAGGGAACCUCGAACAAAGUGCGGACUAAGCUAAAGGCCAUAGAACAAAGCAUUAAAGAUGAAGGCGAUGAGAGCCAAGGGUCGGUGGAUCUAAGGAUACGUAAAACCCAGGUACGGUACCUUGGGGAAAUGAAUGGCCACAGGGGCCUUGUCCCCUCCAACUUCCUGGAAGAAGUGCCUGACGAUGUAGAGGUCUACCUGUCCGACGCCCCGUCUAGGUUUAGCCCCGAGAUACUGGCACAGGGCAAAGGCCAGCGGGCAAGUAUUCCCUUCCUCUGA